CUCUCUUCCCCAUUUCAUCUCUCAUCCCUCUCCCCUCUCCUCACACCGACGGCCAGCAACGGAGACCGCUAACGCCGAGCACCACUUACGGCGAGCCACCCACAUCUCCGGCGACAAACUACAAUUGCCGCAGUGACAAUCAAAAAGCGAAGAGAAUAAGUAUAAAACGCACAACCAAAACGGAAUCUUUUAUAUAUAUAUAUAUAAAACCCAUUGGUUGAAGCCCUUAAAAGCCGCAAAACCCUCUCAUCUCGGUUCAGCAGCAUUUGUCGUGCUGAAAAUGUUCCUCCGAAUCGCAAAGCUAAAGCCUCUGGCGUCGUCAGUGGAGUCCUCCUGGAGCCACCAAUUCCUCCAGCGAAGGCUGGUUAGCGGAACCGCGAAGGGCAAGGCCAAAAUCAAAGGAGGCCAAACCAUAAAGCGAUCCAAAAUGAACACCAAAAAAGGCCAACCCGACUCCAAGAGCGGCGGAGCGGGAGCCAAUAAAACGUUCGAGCGAGAAGACAGGCUCGAGAAUAUGUGCAUGAAUGCUCCCACGCCCGUCCGAUACCUGACCCCUAGAGAAAGAGCACGCGAAGCCAGGAGAGAGAAGCUGGGCCUUCUCAGCAAAGACCGGAAGCGAGAGCUGGAGAUGAUGAAGAAGAAGGACUACAAGGAGAAGAUGGGACUCUCGGAGGAGCCAGUGAUAAUUGGGACUCCGGGAUUGGAUCUGAUUACUCUGGGACUCGUAGACGCCGAAAAGAUCCCCAAAUACGAGCUCACUGUCGAGGAUGGGCGCCGAUUGGCGAAGGAGUACAGUAGGGUUCUGAUGCGGCGGCAACGGGCUAGACAGGCCGCGGAGUCGACUUUCUUGAGGCUGAAGAAGGAGGCCAUUGAGGCGCUGCCGGAUGAUUUGAGAGCGGCAGCUUUGGUGCCGGAUUUGACUCCGUUCCCGGAGAACCGGUUCAUGGCGACUUUGACUCCGCCGAUUGAGGGUUACAUUGAUAAGGUCAAGGAAGCGGCGAAAAAGAGCAGUGGAAGGGAGAAGCUACGAUGAUCCAAGCAGAGGUUAAAGUUUGCGUUUUACAUCUUUUGAGUAAUUUUUUUUUUUUUUUUGGUGUUCCUGCUGAAUUUGGUCAUAGGUAGUGGCAUAGAAAUUGGGUAUUGUCUAUUCUUUAUUGGGAAUUGAUCAUUGAUAUUCAUAUGCACCAAUAUAAUUCACCUGCUCAACUUAACGAAAUUUGUCGUUUUA